AAUCCUAACAUUCAUCCUUUCCUUACCGAAUUCUGGUUCCGACUCGUUCAAUCAAACUUGGUCGGGGUUUUUAAAAUCGAUGGAGAUUAUAAAUACUCAGACUUGAUUCAUGGUGGCAGUGGUGAAGUCAAGACCUCCUGAUCUCUUAUCUUUGAUUCAUAAUUUUCUAUCUUGACCUCUUCGUAAAUUCAUUAAAAUCCUCUUUUCAACUUCAUCCCAUAUUUCCUACUCCCAAUUUUUUUUUGCAACUGAAGCUCAACAAUAUUCAAAAGUUUAUAUAUACCUUUUAAACAUUAUUUCUUGCAUUCUUCUUGUCUUGAAAAGAUAUGUCAUACAUAGGAUUCGUCUUCAAUGGUCCCUUUUGGUCAAAACUCACUCGUAAGAACCGAUCUAGAAAAUCAACACCUUCUAGUAUAAGUAGCUCUUCGAAUUCCUCUAUCGAAUCUACACCUAAACCUCAAAGAACUAGGAGUUUCAUUCAUCAAGGACGUGAACCUUCUAGAGUUUCAAUUUAUGGUACUUGCAGACCUUUAGAUUCAUCAUAUGAUCCAGUUUACUCGUAUGGAACUCCACAAUCUCAACCGUCUACUGGCACUCCUACAUUUGCAAUUGAUAGUCAAAUUUUACAUGACUCACCUAAACUUAUCGAUUCUCAACAUCAUGGAUGCCAUUCUUCUAUCCAAGUAAUGUUCAGCCUUUCAAGUUAUGAAGAGAAAGAUCAAAAGCUCGUAACAGGUGCUUCAUUACUUAUUGGACCUAAUCCACCAAUCGAAGAGAUCGAAAAACCUCAAUGUAAAUCAAGUCUUCAACAAGUUUUUAUACCAGAUCAAAAAGAUUUGGAAUCAGAAAAAGGUUCACCUACAUUAGGAGCAAGUCUUGUGACAAGAGAAAGAUCAAAUCUGAGUCUUGAGUUACAAAGUUAUUUUGAAGAUGAUACCAAAUCAGAAACAAGUUCAUUAUUAGAUUAUCAAACUGAGAUUGAAUGUUUACCAAGAUCGAUUUUUGAAGAUGAUAGCGAUGAUGAAGCAGAAGGAUCGAUUUUAACUAAAAGUAGAGCUCGAUCAUCUUCAGUUGGUACAACUAAUACUACUUCGAUUUCGAUUCCUUCGAUCGUUUUGUCUAUACCGGUUGGAGAUGAUUCUUCACUUGUUGAUCAACAUAGGUUUCGGAUUAGGAAGAAUUUGAGUGAGAUUUCACUUCGAUUGAAAACUAGUUUAAAGAGGACAAAUAAUAAAAAUGUAAAAUGAAUGUCUCC